UGCAGCUGAUGGGGCAUUUUGUUUCUCUGCAAACGCUAUGUUUGAUUACAGCCAAAUCCCAAUUGCCUUGCAGAUUGGCGCGGAUGCCCCCAGCUUAAGGAAGACAGAGCUGAAAGGUCGGAGUGCACUGCUGGCUGACAUCCAGCAAGGAACACGCCUGCGAAAAGUCACCCAGAUCAACGACCGCAGUGCCCCACAAAUUGAGAGUUCAAAAGGAACCAACAAAGAUGGAGGAAAUACUGGCAGUGUUGCCCGUGGAGGAAACACACCCCCUGCCCUGGGAGAUCUCUUUGCUGGUGGCUUUCCUGUGUUGAGACCAGCAAGCCAGAGGGAUGUGGCAGGUGGCAAGACCGGGCAGGGCCCUGGCUCUCGAGCGCCUUCUCCCAGGCUCCCCACCAAAGCCAUCAGUGGCCCCCUUCCUGCUCCUACAUCUCCCAGGCUGGGCAAUGCCUCAGAGACACACAGCUCUGCCAGGCCUGUCCCUCCUCGUCCCAAUGUGCCUGCCCCACCGCCUCCCACUCCACCCCCACCCCCGCCUCCACCUCCACCCCUACCCUCAUCCUCCCCCAUCAAAGCUCCGUUGGUGUCCCCAACUGUCCCCCCAACCAAGGGGAAUUCCCCUGUGGUGCCAGCCCCUGUACCCUGCGCACCUCCCCCUCCGCCCCCUCCCCCGACACCGCCCCCGCUGCCCCCAGCCGCAGCGCUCAGUGACAAGGUAGUGAGGCCCCAACUAGCCCCACUGCCUCUGCCACCCAUCCCACCCCCGCUUCCUCUUCUCCCACCCUGUGGGUACCCAGGGCUCCACUCAGAGCCCAGCAGCCCUGCACAGGAGGUGCAAGAGCCUCCAGGCCCUCCACCGCCGCCCCCCCCCCCCCCCCCGCUCCCCAUCUAUGCCUCUUGCUCCCCCAGGGCCGCUGUGCCCGCACCCCCUUUGCCAGGAUCAAACAACAGUGGCAGUGAGACUCCUCCCCCACUGCCCCCCAAAUCCCCCAGCUUCCCGGCUUUGCCCACACCUCCUAGUGCUCCAGGCUCUCAGACCAUCCUGCAGAAGAAGCGGCGAGGCCCAGGAGCCAGUGGGGGAAAGCUAAACCCUCCUCCAGCUCCACCAGCAAGAUCGCCCACCACAGAGCUUUCCAGCAAAAGCCAGCAGCCUGGAGGCCAGCUGCGGAACGGAAGCCAGCACGUGAUUGAUGACUUCGAGUCUAAAUUCACGUUCCACUCCAUGGAAGACUUUCCCCCUCCAGAUGAAUACAAACCAUGUCAGAAGAUUUACCCCAGCAAGGUCCCCAGAAGCCGCACACCUGGUUCCUGGCUCCAAGCUGAGGCAGCUGGGCAGAGUGCCGAUGACAUCAAAAGCAGAAAUUCUCAGUUAUCUCUAAAGGCCCUGCGGUGAGAGGAUGGAUGAAGCCAAGGUCCUGGGGUUCCUGAUUGGACAGACACCAGGACAACUCGUCGAGACUCUGCCAUACUCAAUCUCUAUUCAUUUGACAUACAGGCUCUGAAUUGAGCAUUUAUUUAUUGUAAAUAAUAAUUUGCAUGAACCUUAAAGCACCAUUUUAGACACCUUUUAUUUGAGUAAUAUUUUAAUAUCUUAAAAACAUGCAUCUUGGCACUUGUCCGUCUUGUACAGAUGGAGCCCAAUCCCAUCUUGUAGUGUCCACUGUGACUAUAAUAUAUACUUGCAGGCUGGUCCUACCCAUUUUCUGAAACAUUUUUCCAGAGCAUCCUUACUUUUCCAGUAGUCCAAAAGUCAUCCACACGCACAUCAGCUUCUUAUUGGCAUGACUCUCAUCACACCAACUGCAAAAUCAAACCAAAUAAUGCCUUAUGAACAAUGCAGCUCAGAGGAGGCUGUGCAUCCCCAGGUCCC